AUGGAGAUGAAUUUGGCAAAGUGCAGUAUACGGGCCAAGACGGUCGAGGUCCAUUCCAGAGACUCCUGUCAUGGCGGCGAUAAAAAAUUGACUAGAAUCAUCACAGCAUUCGCAUAUCUCUCUCCAGAAUCUGCACUUCGCCUGUUCGCUCUGGGCAAUGGUCCGCCUCUCGGGAGCUAUUUAUUUGUAGACCUUUAUCUCGUGCUGGCAUUAAAACCGUAUCAAGACGGAUCUUUCAUGCUUCUGGGCUUGUCUUUGAGGGACACGAGAUAA